UUUUUCGAUUUUUUGGCAUUCUGUUUUUUAAAAAUAUAUUUUGGAUUUUCUGUCAUUUUAGAGUUUUUUCGAUUUUCACGAAUAUUAGAAAUUUUAAACACUGAUUUUGGUUGAUAACCUUGGGGCGGGGAAAAAUCAAAAAAGUCUUGAUCCUGAGAAAAAUCAAGGCUGGAUCCAUAUCUUUUCUAAUAGAAUUUAUCAAGAUUUUUUCUUUCUUUAGUUAAGAAAAUGAAGAAAGGGAAACCAGAUGUACAAUCAGUUCAAACUCGAAUAGCUAUUGUUAACCCAGAUCGUUGUAAACCAAAGAAUUGUGGCCAGCCUUGUAAAAAGAAUUGUCCAGUUGUUAGGACAGGUAAACAAUGCAUUGUGGUUGAGCCUACAUCAAAAAUUGCUGAAAUAUCCGAAAUUCUUUGCAUUGGAUGUGGAAUUUGUGUGAAGAAAUGCCCAUAUGGUGCAAUUCAAAUCAUCAAUCUUCCAAGCAAUUUAGAAAAAGAAACAACCCAUCGUUACAGCGCAAAUUCCUUCAAACUUCAUCGUUUACCAAUGCCUCGAUUAGGCUCAGUUUUGGGACUUGUAGGGACUAACGGUAUUGGGAAAUCGACUGCUUUAAAUAUUUUGGCAAGCAAAUUAAAGCCUAACUUGGGUAAUUUCAAGAGUCCGCCAGAUUGGCCGUCAAUUUUAACAUAUUUUAGAGGCUCUGAACUUCAAAAUUAUUUUAUUAAAUUAUUAGAAGAAAAAUUUAAAGCAAUUAUUAAGCCUCAAUAUGUUGACCAAAUUCCGAGAUAUUUGGAAAAGUCUCCACAGAAAAAGGUUAUUGAUUUGUUGAAGGGACGAGCUGAACGUGACAAUUUGGACAAAAUAAUUGAGGAUAUGGAAUUAACCCAUUUACUUGACCGAGAAGUCAAUCAACUCUCUGGAGGUGAGUUGCAACGAUUUGCUAUUUCAGUAGCAGCAAUACAAAAAGCAGAUAUUUAUAUGUUUGACGAGCCAUCUAGUUAUUUAGAUGUUAGACAACGUUUAACAGCUGCAAGAGUAAUUAGGGAAUUGUUGACAGAUCAAAAUUAUAUAAUUGUUGUUGAACACGAUUUGGCAGUUUUGGAUUAUCUUUCUGACCAUAUUUGUUUAUUAUAUGGAUUUCCUGGUGCUUAUGGUGUUGUAACACAUCCUUCUGGUGUUCGGGAAGGAAUUAAUCAAUUUUUGGAUGGAUUUAUUGCAUCGGAAAAUAUGCGUUUUCGAGAUUCUUCCCUUUCAUUUAAAGUAUCAGAGGAACGUGAAGAUAUAAAAAGAACAACUAGUUAUGUUUAUCCCGAUAUGACAUAUGAAGUUGGGCAAACUAAAAAAUUUGAAUUGACAAUUCAAAAGGGGGAUUUUACUGAUUCUGAAAUUAUUGUUUUGCUUGGAGAAAAUGGAACAGGAAAAACCACGUUUAUUCGUCUUCUAGCUGGCCAAAUAAAGCCAACAGCAUCUAAAGGAGAAAUUCCUGAACUUUCAAUAUCUUAUAAACCUCAAAAAAUUGCUCCAAAAUUUGAAGGAACAGUCAGAGAUUUAUUUUUAACAAAAAUACCAGGACUUUUUAAUCAUCCAGCAUUUAAAACUGAUGUUUUAAAUCCUUUAAAUAUUGACAAUAUUAUUGACUUUGAAGUCCAAAAUCUUUCUGGUGGUGAACUUCAACGUGUAGCCUUAACCCUUUGCCUUGGAACCCCAGCAGAUGUUUAUUUAAUUGACGAGCCAAGUGCUUAUUUAGACUCGGAACAGCGUUUACACGCUGCUAAAGUUAUUAAAAGAUUUGUACUUCAUGCAAAAAAGACAGCUUUUGUUGUUGAACACGAUUUUAUUAUGAGUACAUAUUUGGCUGAUAGAGUAAUUGUUUUUGAUGGACAACCAGCAAUUAAAGCGAGAGCAAAUUCUCCUCAAAAUCUAGUUACUGGAAUGAAUCAAUUUUUAAGUCAAUUAAAUAUUACAUUUAGACGGGAUGCGGAAAGCCAUAGACCGAGAAUAAAUAAAAAAGAUUCUCAACUUGAUACAGAACAGAAAAAAUCUGGAGAUUAUUUUUAUUUGGAUAAUUAGAAGUAAUUUUUGUUGUUGUUGAUUUUUGUGGGAGGUAUACUUUGGAUUUUUUUCAAAAAUAAUUUGAAAAAAUUUAUUAAAAAGGUGGGAGGGAUAAAAUGAAAGUAUUCCCAUUGA